AUGGCCGGCACGAUCAUGGACGAAGGCAUUGGCUUGGUGGGGGGUCGCAACUACCAGGUGAGAAUACUGGCCGAGCCUUACAUCUUCACGAAGGACUCGGCCGAGCAGUGCUCCAUCCCAGACUUUCUGACGGGUGUCUGUCGCUCCCUGGAUACCAAAGCCGUCAACUCCGCCUCCGUCAUACUCGACGUAGACGUCAUCAUUCAAAACAUGGGCGAUGGCUGUUGGAACGUGCUCAAAAUCAUCUACCUCGAGAGUCGUCGUCAAACCUUUGGUCGACGUUCGCCGGAGAAUGAUGAGCUUGCAGAGGGCAUUCACUACAUCAACUCCUUUGCUCCCGAGUGCAGCGCUCUCAAUGAGCAGACGUACUGGAUCUUGACGAAUAUCAAGCCCGAAUCGGGCAGCCCCUUGGCAGGCUGGCCUGAAAUGAAAGUCAGGAGCAUGUGCCAGAACAAGUCUCGUGGUGUCUCUGGGGCCGUCUCCAAGAAUGCGUUUCUGCUCACCGCUUACAGCCUUAACGGCGCCUUCGCGGAGCACAUUCUGCCACUGGUGUCCUUCGUCACGGCCGAUUACCGCGCAAUCAAUUCCGGGCCCUCGCGCCCAACGACACGUCCGACGACACAGGUGCUGAACCUCAAUCAAGGCGUGCUACCUUCGGACGCUACUUUGGACCCCGAGGCUUUCAUCAAACUGGUUGGUCCUCUUUUUGGCGAUGCUCGCAAGAAGGACAUACUUGCAGUUCUGAAAAGAUGCGCUACAUUCGUCUUCACGAACUCGGACAUGUGUGUCCGUCUGCCCUCCGAACGCUCUGAUGCCAUAGUCCACCGAAUCGCCAAGCGCAAUGUUCACAAGGAUCUACUGGCUGAUAAAGAUAAGCCCUUCUACAACACUUUCAAGCAGGGGGUUACAGUCUAUGGGGCCGACUACGCGGCUGAUGUCGAGCGAGAACAGGCCAUGAUUGAUGAGCGUGCAGAAUUCUUGGCCCGGUUCCCCAAUGUUAAGAAUUAUGUCGAGCAUUGCAACAACACACUGCAGAAGUGGUUGCAGCCAGUUCGUGUGCUCCCGGACUCGCCUGAUUCGCCUCAGCAGAUUGCUGAACAAGCGCCAGGCGAUCUUCGCCUCUCACGGUAUGUUGGCGCCGGACGCAAAGCCAAUCGGGUGGACCGUGCCUCGUUCGACAUUGCAACCUCAUCUGAGAGGAAGGCUCGUAGAAUCCGUGGCAAGUCCCCAGUGCCCGAGAGUGCUUUCCUCGGUGUCUCCAUCUCCGCUUCGCCAGCGCCACUGCGUCCGGAUGAACAGGAGACGUUGGUGCCAGAGGUCGACCCGGACGAAGAGGCAUCUGGCCUCUGGUCCUGCUACUUGCGUAGGAAGCCGCCGGCUUCGGUGCUUUACGUGGUCAUGGGAAAGCAGGUCAUCAAGAAGAAGCUCUCUUGCCAUUACCCGUGCGCGAAGAAGGGCAAAACCCGCUUCCUCUUGAAGACCAACCUCACGAAAAACCCAAGAGGUAGCAAGGCCCAAGUGAAGACAUGGAGAGCGACUCCGAGCCCAGUGAAUGUGCGCGUGGAUCGCCUCAAAUGGAAAAGGAACUUGAAGGACUUCAUAGGUGUCGACGAGGACACGGCGGUCAAGAUCCUCACCAAGGACGGUCUGCUGCCAGACUGGACUCGCGUGAAGUGUCCUUUCUGCAACCUGGGGGCUGUCUCAGGCCUCAAGUCCCGGGGACGGUUAACUCCGCGGUACCGCUGCAGACGCAAGGCCUGCCAUAAGUUCAUCCUUCCUCAACAUCUACAUCCAAUCUUUACGUCAACCAUGGGGCCGGAAGGACACUCACUAGCCUUGCAAGCCAGUGCCCUUCUUCUGCGACUUGCAGGCGUGCCGCUCAGCUCCAUUCACAUCGUCUUGGGCAUCAACCACAAAGCGCUCGAGAAAAUGGAGAAGAACCUGGCCACUACAAGGAAGGCUUUUGUAGAUGCAGAGCAAGCACGCAUGGUGCUCGGGAAUGGCAAGGGCGCAAAGUGGACGGAGAUAGAAGCAGAUGAGGUGGUCUUCGACAAGUGUUUGAUCCCGGCAGAGAAUGCUGCCAACCCCAACAAGACCAUGAAGUGGGACCAAUGGUUGGGCAUGGUGCCCCGUGGGAAGCCGUCAUCUCUUGUCUUGUUCCGGUUGCGUUCCUUGAUUACACACAAAAGAGCCCCAGGCCCCGGAGCCGUGCGCAAGGAGGAUUGGGUCAAGAUUGCCAACCACAAGUGGCUCAAAGAUCGCUCGGUCAUCCUGCGCACGGACAGUGCUCGGAGCUAUCGGACCAAAAUCCGUGGGGUACUCCAUGAUGCUGUUCUUCACCAGAAGAAGAAGGUGCUCCGCGGAGGAAAAAUGGUUUGGAAGCCUCCAACCUUCGUUCGUCUUGCAAAACACCAGCUUCCCGACGGACGCCGAAUUACCGUGAAGGCUGGCACCCAGGUGAUUGACAGGGCUUGGCGUUUCAUGAAGGAGCGGGUGAAGAUCAAUCAGAACCCCAAGACCGGGUCCAACCUGCUGGUCGCGAAGAUUAGAGCUGCCCAAUAUGAGUAUUGGCAGCGGGGCAAGGACAUGUGGGUCAGCACUGGUACCUUUCUCACUUGGUACAUGGACAGCAUAACGGCAAAGCACAAGGGGGCUCAGUUUGGAACCGGGCUCCCCUCGGUGCCUGCCGGCAGUGGUCCAGAGGCGGUAGCACCGCAUGCCCCGAGCGCAGCGCUGGCCAAGCAGAAGUCGGGCAUCCCGUCGCUGCCUGGUGGUAGCAGCAGCCUCACCGGCAGCCACAGCCUUUCUGGCGGUGAUGCCCUCUUCAAUAGCAAGGCAAGCUGGAAGGACGGUCAUGGCAGCCAUCCAAGCUCUGGGCGAAGGCCCUCUGGCUUCGGUGCCGGCUUCGGUGGUGGCAAGGAAAACGCGGGUGGUUCGAAAGGUUUCAAUUUGCCGCCCCUGGGCGGCUCCAUGGGUCCCAUGGACGGCAGAAAAAGCUCCGGCACCGGCAAGAAGAGCCCUGGUGCGCGCUACCUGAAGAUGGCACGCUACCAGCCAGGAAUGCCGCAGCAGAUGUCGUCCCUUCCGGCCGUGCGGCCGGCUCUGCCCACUGCGGCUGGCAUGCCGGGCGUUGCUGGCGUUCCAAGUGCAGGUCAUGCACGGCCGGAUGCCUUGCCAGAGGUUGGAGGAGGGGCCACCCGACAAAGCUACUUCGGAGCCCACGCGGCCAGAAUGCUCGGCUGA